AAUAGCUCAACCCAGUGAACCCACUCGCCCCAUAACCUUAAAACUUAAAUCCCUAAAGUCCCCAAUUGCGGUUUCUCUCUCCUUGCUCUUUCUGCCCGUGACUCACCCGAAGAAAUUCCUCCCUCUGACCCUUUCUUCUCUCGCCUCAUCUUAAGUCGCCGCAGCUCAGCUCAAGUGGCCGUCCGUCGCACGCAGGCCCGUUCGCAUCUGUCCUAGCUACGUUCGCAUCUGUCGCAGCAACCAUUACAGCCUCGAACUCGAACGCAGCAGCAGCUCGAAGACUAGUUGCUGCUACGACGCUCCUCGUCGCUGCUCGCCAUUGCUACUCGCUGCUUCUUCCCCGACCGUCGCUUCUCACGGCUGCUCUGUCGCUUCUCUCUGGACGAUCCGCGGCUUCAUCUCAGCGGCAUCAUCUUGUAACUCACAAUUUCCUGUGCUACAUUUGCAUGCAUUUUUGCUAGACUUCUAAUUAAGUGAAAGGAAGUGAACAAUCAUGCAAAAGGAUCAAAGCACUAGUGCCCCAUCAACACCUGCUCGCCUUCGUAAUCGCAGGCGCUCCAAUGAGGUUGUUCCAGAGGUUAGUAAAGAAAAUGGAGGCCAUUUACUGGUUAAUGAUAGAAACAAAUACAAGUCGAUGUGGAUCCGUGCGUACUCCACUAUUUGGAUGAUCGGGGGCUUUGCUUUGGUUGUCUACAUGGGUCAUCUUUGUAUCACAGCUAUGGUGGUUGUGAUUCAAAUAUUUAUGGCAAAAGAGCUAUUCAAUCUACUUAGGAAAGCACAUGAAGAUAGGCAUCUCCCGGGAUUUAGACUUCUAAAUUGGCACUUCUUCUUCACUGCAAUGCUAUUUGUGUAUGGUCGCAUUCUCAGUCAACGGCUAGUCAAUACUGUAACUUCAGACAAAUUCUUGUAUCAGCUUGUGAACAGCCUCAUCAAGUAUCAUAUGGUUAUUUGUUAUUUCUUGUAUAUUGCAGGUUUUAUGUGGUUCAUUCUUACACUAAAGAAGAAGAUGUACAAGUAUCAAUUUGGUCAGUACGCAUGGACGCACAUGAUUCUAAUCGUGGUGUUCACUCAAUCCUCUUUCACUGUGGCAAAUAUUUUUGAGGGAAUUUUCUGGUUUCUUCUUCCAGCCACACUAAUUGUUAUCAAUGACAUUUUCGCCUAUAUCUUUGGUUUCUUCUUUGGAAGAACCCCUUUGAUCAAGUUAUCACCAAAGAAAACUUGGGAGGGAUUCAUUGGAGCAUCUAUUACAACUAUGAUAUCUGCAUUUGUGCUUGCCAAUAUCAUGGGGCGAUUUCAAUGGCUAACAUGUCCAAGAAAGGAUUUGUCAAGUGGUUGGCUUCAAUGUGAUCCUGGCCCUUUAUUCAAGCCAGAGUAUUUUACUCUACCGGGAUGGGUUCCUCAAUGGUUUCCUUGGAAAGAAAUCUCCAUUCUGCCAGUUCAAUGGCAUGCUCUAUGCCUUGGUUUGUUUGCUUCAAUAAUUGCACCUUUUGGAGGCUUUUUUGCAAGUGGUUUCAAACGAGCUUUUAAAAUCAAGGAUUUUGGUGACAGCAUUCCUGGACAUGGGGGUAUUACUGACAGAAUGGAUUGUCAGAUGGUGAUGGCUGUGUUUGCUUACAUCUAUCAUCAAUCAUUCGUUGUGCCUCAAAGCAUCUCAGUUGAAAUUAUCUUAGAUCAGAUUUUGACGAACCUUACUUUCGAGGAACAGCAUGCUUUGUACGUCAAGCUUGGGGAAAUCAUUCGGGAAAGGUUGGUUGGGCAAUCUUAGAUUUGUGAAGGCCGCAUCUUUGACUUUUCUAGUACGGGAAGCUGUCUCAGUACAUGUUAGCCUAGCAGUGAAAGAAAGAAGAUUUGUUUGUGUAUAAUCGUGUUUCCUAUUUCAGUCUCAAGGUUCUCUAAGUGGAGGCAUUCUUUAGCUAGUACAAUAUGUACAGCAUAACCGAUUUAUAUACAUAAAACUGUCAGUGGCAUGGCAUGUAUUGUUAAUUGCUGAAAUUUGUAGUGCAUUGUUGUCAUUUCGAGGGAGCAAGAACCGGAGAUGCAACUCAUAAGCAGGAUAAGAAGCAACUAACAUUGUCAAGGCGGCAAUCUUCUUGCUAGAGAAAUGAGUUGAUUUUAGUUAGGUUCCAAUUAUCUGUUUGUUUACUUGCAAUUCCCUGAUCUUGAAAAAGAGAGAUUUAUUUCCCA